UAGCUAUAUAUAUAGUAGGAAAUAUAUGUAUAUAUAUGUUAUAUAUAUAUAUGAAUCGAUUAUCCAUUACCAUAAAAUAAAUAAUUAAUUAAAUGGUCAAAUAUAAUAAUAUAUAAUCUGAAGUUAUGAGCUUGCAAAACCUUAUAUAUAUACCCCAUGCAAUUAAAAACCCUAGCUUGCAUAUAUUUUUCCUUCCCUAUAUUAAAUAUCCAAAACAUAUACUAAAUGAAGUCUUCCAAGCCAAUAUUUUUGAGUCUAAUCCUCUUCUUCAUCAUCAUAUUCAUCAAUGAUUUUAACAAUGCCCUACCCCAAUCAUCAUCAAUGAUGAAAAAUAAUAAGCUUAUUAAGCCAUGUAAAAGUCUAGUGUUUUAUUUCCAUGACAUUAUAUACAAUGGAGAAAAUGCCAAGAAUGCAACCUCAGCCAUUGUUGGAGCUCCAGCUUGGGGUAACAAAACCCUAUUAGCUGGGAAAAACCAUUUUGGGGACUUGGUAGUAUUCGAUGACCCCAUUACACUCGACAACAAUCUUCACUCGGCCCCAGUUGGCCGAGCUCAAGGGUUUUACUUGUACGACAAGAAAGAUGUGUUCACAGCUUGGUUAGGGUUUUCCUUUGUGUUCAACUCGACUGAGCACAAGGGUAGCCUUAACUUCGCUGGAGCUGAUCCUCUUAUGAACAAAACUAGGGAUGUUUCGGUUGUUGGUGGGACUGGAGAUUUUUUCAUGUCAAGAGGGAUUGCUACUUUGAUGACUGAUGCUUUUGAAGGUGAAGUUUAUUUUAGACUUAGGGUUCAUAUUAAACUCUACGAGUGUUGGUUGUGAUCAUGAUCAUGAUUGAUCAAUUUAUUAAUGUUUUACGAUGAUGAUCAUCACAUAAAAAUAAAUUAAUGUGAUCAUCAAGUUAUUAAUAAUUUGUUACAUUUAAUUAUGAUGAUUUGUUAUUAUUUUACUUUUUUUUGUCAUUUUUCUUUU